AUGGACAAGGAGAAGCUACUUCUCAGCUACGAGGCUUGGAUACAGAACUACGAGGGGAGCGACCCGCUGGAGGCGUGGGACAGGUAUGUGCAGUGGAUAGAGGCAUGUCUUCCCAGUCAAGAAAAGCAAAAGUUGCUGCCCGGUGUCCUGCAGCAUGUUGUGAAGACCUUUCUCAAUGACAAGAGGUACUGCCAGGACCCAAGGUUUAUUACCUGCUGUAUAAAACUGGGGGAAUUCAUCACUCCUCCUGGCCAAUAUUUUGACUACCUGUGCGGACAGGGAAUUGGUGCCAAGACAUCUGCUUUCUAUGUUGCCUGGGCUCAGCAUCUUGUCAAUGAAGGCAAUGUGCAGAAUGCUGGGACUGUCCUUCAGAGAGGGCUUCAUAAUCAGGCACAACCAAUAGAGAGCUUGCAGCAGAUGUACUGCCGGCUGCAGAAUUAUGGGCCUCAGAAUCCUCCUUUGACGCAAGUAGCUGUUGAUAAAAAACCACUUCAAACUUCCCAGACUGAAAAUCAAAUGACUGCUCAAAAUGAUAUUCCAAACCUUAAUGAUCCAGCACGUGUUUGUGAAAAUCAGGGUCCUGAUUCUGCUGGUACUCAAUCCUGCUCUUCUAGUGGAACAGCAGAAGUAAAGUAUAUUACGUACCUCUCCAAAUCUGAAGUUGUUCCAAAGUCAUCUUCAACUGUUGCUGAAUGUGAGCAGGUUGCAAUGUAUGUUAAAAGCCUGCUCAUCUGUGAAGGCUCUGAACUUUCAUUUGAGGAAGUAAGAGCCAAGAUAUAUUUCAAGAAAAGUGAGCACCUGAGAAGACAAAAAGAAUUGGAAGAGGAAGAGAGAGAGUCCAGAAGGAAGAAAGAAGCAGCUGUCCUUGAACUGCAAGUCCUGGAGCAGAGGCUGGAAGAGCUCACUAGGCUCACCAAAAGCUCGCUGGAAACUAAACCGGAGCAGUCAUCUGCAGCAUCAGUUGAGCCAAGGCAGACAGUGGUACCUCCACAUGUGAUGCAUGGUGCAGCUCUGCAGAACAGGACAGCAUCUUGUCAAAGCUCAGAUCUGCAAACCCCCUGGGGUCUGGUGCCAGAGCGGAUUCAAUCAAGGACUUUAUCAUCUACUCUUCCUGCCCCAUGCUCUAUUGAACCAGCUGGCCACCAGAGGACAUCAACUUCCUUGUUGGAAACAGCAUAUAAGGAGGGCACAAUCAAAACUCAGCCAGAGCUUGGAGAGCUCCAGAACAGUUUGUACUUGCAGUUCAAUAAUGUUUCAAUUCAGCAGCAGACACAUCCAGACAUGACUCGCAAUCGGAGCACUGGAAAACAGCACUCUAACGAGAGAUCUGCUGGACUAACUGCUACUGUGGACAUGAAAGAAGCAUCUAGAAUUGGGAAUUCUUCCUCUGCGUCUGGAAAUGCUUCCCAGGCUACACCAAACACUUCCCUGGGAGGACUGAUGCAGGCCACACCAUUCAAAGUGCAACCUUCCCCUACAGUUCAUACAAAAGAAGCACUGGGUUUUCUAAUGGAUAUGUUUCAAAAACCCAUCUUGCCUGAAUCAUCUCUUCUUGAGGAAAGUGAGGAGGAAUUUGAAGCCUUUGCCAGAAAAAGUGAGCCUGACAGAAGCCUGAAAUUUAAUGACCUUGCUCCUGUUGUGCCUAUUUUUUCAAUCUUUGAAGAUGAAAAUGAAAAGGAGAACAGCAGGAUUCCACAGCAUAAGAAUGAGUCGGAAAAGCCCAGAACUACUCAAGAAUGUCCCUUGACGGACUGUACAGCACGUAUGGAAGAAGAAAUACAGAUACCAGAGUUCUCAAAGGAUGAUUACACAGUGUGGUGUGCACCAUAUAGUAAUAAACCCUUGGCUUUGAGUCCAAAUAACACAAGAGACUUUGCACAAGCUGCUCAGGUUGUAUCAACGCCAUUCAAUCACUUAUCAACUCAUUCACAGCAAGCUUUGGAGAAAAAAGGCUGUGGGGAUGACUUGCUGCAAAUGAAUCUGGAAACUUCUGAAGCACCAAAGCAGCAGACAAAAUCUAAGGAACUGAGCCCUGCUCUUGAAUGCCUUGCAGAACAAGGACAGCUACAAGGAAACACCAUCUCUACAACUGGUUCUCAAAAAAUACAUGAGCAAAUUGCACCUAAUAGGACUGAAUGUUUCCCAUCUGUCGGGGUGGACAAAACUUCCCAUGAAGAGCUGUCUGGAUCUCAUCAGGACAGGACAGACAGGAGCUUUAGGAAUUCAGUCCUUGUUGAGAACCCUUGGGAUGAGAAACUGAUUUGCGAACUCUUAUCAAAGCUUCCUAAACCCCUCAGUACCUAUGCCAACUAUUUUGAAUGGAAUUCUGCUCUUCCAUCCGUCAAACCAAAGACUAGACUCCCACUGGGUUCUAAUUUAUUCCAUGUGGAUUGCUUGCUUGGAGAAGGAGCUUUUGCUCGGGUCUAUCAGGCUUGUAUACUGGAUGCAAAUAAUCCUAAAAACAAUCAGAAAGUAAUAUUGAAGGUCCAAAAACAGGCAGGUUUUUGGGAGUUCUAUAUAGCAACACAACUGGUAGAAAGACUUAAUCCAAGCAUACGCCAUCUGUACAUCCACUUCUAUUCUGCUCAUUUCUUUCAAAAUGGGAGCGUUUUGGUUGGUGAACUCUACAAGUAUGGCACAUUGCUGAAUGCCAUAAACAUUUACAAAAAGCUUCCUGAAAAGGUGAUGCCUCAAGCGCUUGUAAUCUAUUUUGCUGUAAAAAUUCUUCAUAUGGUAGAAGAGCUCCACAACUGCCAGAUCAUUCAUGGUGACAUUAAACCUGAUAAUUUUAUCCUCGGAGAAAAUUUUGUGGAGAAUGAUGCAUGUGAUUUAGAUGGUCUCUCUCAUGGCUUGACGCUGAUUGAUUUGGGACAGAGUAUAGACAUGAAACUCUUUCCUGAAGGAACUGCAUUUACUGGACGUUGUGAAACAUCUGGAUUUCAAUGUGUUGAAAUGUUGACACAGAAACCGUGGAACUACCAGACAGAUUACUUUGGCAUCGCAGCGACUGUCUACUGCAUGCUCUUUGGUACCUACAUGAAAGUGAAGAAUGAAAACGGUCUCUGGAAACCUGAGGGAGCCUUCAGAAGGGUUGCCAAUGCCAAAUUGUGGAUAGAGUUCUUUGACAGCAUCCUGAACAUCCCCAACUGCCAUAGCCUGCCGGCCUUGGGAGUCCUGCGUGAAAAGCUGAAGGAUUUGUUUUGCACAGCAUAUGUCAAAGACAUCAAACUCCUUCGGAACAGACUUGUUGUGUUGCUCAUAGAAAACUUAUGGUCACGAAAGUGA